CGCGCACCGUGUGACAACAACAAGUCAUCCAGCGAGCCGAGCUUCACUUUUCAGCUCAUUUUCCUGCUGUCAUUCCUCCUCCUAUCUUUGAUCAUUGUCCUGCCCCCCUCCUCCUCCUCCUCCUUUCUACCCCCAUCACGCACUACUCACGCCUCUCUCUUCUUGUUCUUCUUUUUUGGUGCCCCAACUUCCACGCAACUUAUCUGAGGAGCUCCAAACGCGCACCAAAAAAAAAAAACCCUCUGGUGGAUUUCUUUUAUUCGGCCAAGCUGGCUCGCGCACUUUGAACUUCAGCGACUUUUCCAUAACCCCCCCACCCCGCACCUUCUCCUCGAAGCGCUGCAAGGUGACCAUGGCCGCCGUCCCGGCUGCUCUCCUCCCGCCGGCUUCCCUGGUCCCUCCGCCGCCGCCUCCUCCGCCCCCGGCCGCGAUCUCCAGCAGCACCGGCAUCAGUGCGUCUCCGCCGUCGACCACCUCCUCUCCGUCUCCGUCCUCCUCCUCCUCGCUGCCUCCCCUGCAGACCGCGGUCGGAGCAGCGCAGACGCUCUUCCGCUCGGAGCUGCUGGCCGCUGGCAGCCCGGUGGGCAUCUCGGGGGCCGGCAAACCCGUCUACUCCACGCCGUCGCCCGUGGAGAACAUCCCGCAAAACAACGAGUGUAAGAUGGUGGAGCUGCGCGGGGCCAAGGUGGCCUCGUUCACCGUGGACGGCUGCGAGCUUAUCUGCCUUCCCCAAGCUUUCGACCUGUUCCUCAAGCACCUGGUGGGGGGCCUGCACACCGUCUACACUAAGCUCAAGAGGCUGGAGAUCACGCCGGUCGUGUGCAACGUGGAGCAGGUCCGAAUCCUCCGCGGGCUCGGCGCCAUCCAGCCGGGCGUCAAUCGAUGCAAGCUCAUCUCCAGGAAGGACUUCGAGACCCUCUAUAAUGACUGCACCAAUGCCAGCUCCAGACCCGGACGGCCCCCGAAGAGGACCCAGAGUGUGACAUCGCCCGAGAACUCACACAUCAUGCCCCACACGGUCCCCGGUCUCAUGUCCCCUGGCAUGAUGCCACCCACAGGUUUGACGGCGGCAGCGGCGGCAGCUGCCAACGCGGCCAUCGCAGAGGCCAUGAAGGUCAAGAAGAUCAAGUUGGAGGCCAUGGGCGGCUACCAUGCCAACGCCAACCACCAUCACGGGGCCGACGGUGAGAAUGGAGACCUGAGCUCCAGCGUCGGCCUGGAACUGCCCUUCAUGAUGAUGCCUCACCCGCUGAUCCCCGUCAGUCUGCCGCCGGCUUCCGUCACCAUGGCCAUGAGCCAGAUGAACCACCUCAGCACCAUCGCCAACAUGGCUGCUGCGGCGCAGGGCCAGAGCCUGCCUUCCAGAAUGGUCACCUCUGUCAUUAAGGGCUGUGUGUUGUCACUGCAGGGUUUGCAGGAGCGCAUGCAGGACAGUCCAUCCCCUGCCCCGUCCUUGGAGGACCACCGAAGGCCCGGCAGUCACCCGUCGUCUCACCGCAGCAGCAGCGUGUCGAGCUCGCCCGCCUACACGGAAAGUUCUUCAGAUAGGAUACCGCCACACCACAACGGCCUGUCUAUGAACCAAGCCCUGCUGGGUCUGUCCCCCAACAUCCCGCCUGGGCCGAAAGAGGGAGACCUGGCCCAUGACAUGAGCCAUGAAGCAAAGAGGAUGCAUGCAGAAAAAGAUGAUAACCUGAUGUGCACGCCAACCGCGAGAGACAGCUACGAGCGGUUGUCGUUGGCUGGACCGACUCUGCCUCCUGGCUUCCCCUCGCCUUUCCUCUUCCCGGACGGCCUGUCAUCAAUAGAGACCCUCCUCACCAACAUACAGGGCCUGCUGAAGGUGGCCAUCGACAACGCGCGGGCUCAAGAGAAGCAGGUUCAGCUGGAGAAGACAGAGCUCAAGAUGGAGCUGUUCCGAGAACGGGAACUCCGUGAGACUCUGGAAAAGCAGCUGGCCAUGGAGCAGAAGAACAGAGCAAUAAUCCAGAAGCGUCUGAAGAAGGAGAAGAAGGCCAAGAGGAAACUGCAAGAAGCUCUGGAGUACGAAUCCAAGAGGAGAGAGCAGGCGGAGCAGACUUUCAAGCAGCCCUCGCCUGCCGACAGCAUGCGCUCCCUCAAUGACGCUCUGACCCCUGAGAUGGAGAGCGACCGCAGCAGCGGAAGAACAGAUGCUGAAAGGACAAUACAAGAUGGAAGACUCUUCCUGAAAACCGCAGUGAUGUACUAAGAGCUAAGGAAACUUGGUGGGAAAAGGGCAAUUAAAAAAAAUGGAAACAAAGGAUCGAAAAGAUUCUCCAGAGUCCAUUUCCUGAGUGAUUUCAUUUUUGGGACAACGUGGAGCUGCUGCUUGAAGGGAAUUCUGGAGGAAGGUGUGUCUGAAUGUAGAAUAAGACCAAGUUUUUUUUUAAACCGGGGAUUUGAGCUAGAUUCGACCGGGAAUAAAAGCAGCUUCGGGUCAUAGAUGUUGAGCACAGUCAAACGUUGGCACCAACUCAUCCAACCGCUGUUUUUAAUACCAGUGACAUGAAUUCGCCUGUUUUUAUAUUUCAAAUUUGAAUUUUGAGACAGCGAAGUCGGGAAAAAUGGUGAAAAAAAAUAUCCAGAUGAAAAUGCUUUUUCUUAGAUGACUACAGAAUACAAUCAAGUUUCCUUUCUACCAUUGUUGUACAUACGAUGCUAACAGUCAUAGGACAACUGGAGCAGAUUGAUAUGAUAUGUGUGUAUAUAUAAUGUCAUGCAGUAGAACUAAUAGACAAACAAUACCACCGUUUAUAUAAACUUCUCUUUUUUGGGGGUUUGUUUUCUGUUGUAUUCCUGAGCCAUCAAUCUUUCCAAUAGCUGCCACUUUGUUGAGAAAGCAUGCAGGCAUGAUGUAAAUGUUUGUCCCGGAAUUAUGAUAUUUAAUAAUAAAUCCUAUAUUGUGCUGAACAAACGUAGGGUUUUCCUCACCACCACACGAAAAAAAAAAGUUUCAAAUUGGAGACUUUUCCUCUUGUACGCUCGUACCGUAAUCUUUGUAACAGAGGUGAUAUUUCUUGGAAUUUUGCUGUACAUUUUGGAUGAUUUUGAGUCCUCAAAAUCUGCACCUUUUUUUCCUUUCUCAUUUUUAAAAAGAGAAAUAUGAAACUCAAGAACAGUCCGUCAAUGUCUGUGCAGACCUUUCCCCCCCAUGACUUUCCUGGUAUCCCAAUGGAUAAAAAAAAAGUGAACUUUUGUCCCUGAAAGACUUUCAAACAUGUGUGUAUAUUCUUAUAGAAAUAACCCGAUGUCACUUUUGAGCGUAUGUGUUCCAAUCAGACAAAGAAGCUACCCGUGUGUGUGUUUUAUCACUGAUAACUUAUAUAGCUUCUUGUUUCUCCCUCUCAAAAUCAUCUCUUCAUUGUACUUCCAAUAAUGUUGACAAUAAAACCAUGUGAGCGUGAGAAAGGGGGUGCGCCCUCUCUUUUUUCUAUGUAUGUACGGGGUGGGAGAGGGUGGGAAGGUUGUUUUAAAAGAAAAAAAAAAUACAGGUAUGCUGUGCUGUAGAAAAUAACUGAGCAUAUUGUUCUAUGUAUAGCAGUGAAAGAAAAUGUAUACAAAUGAUCCUUUAUCCUUUCGGAGUGUUUCAGAGAUGCGCACCUUUGACUUCCGUCUGUGUUUUUUUUAGGCUAAUUGGCGACCCACACGGUAUGUCAAUGAGGGUGUGACCAAGCUGACUGUAAAUAAAUUAUUCCCUGUGUUCUUUCAA